UUCACCAUCUUUUCUCACUCAUGCUGUGUGCCAUUCCCUCCCUCUCCCGUCUUACACUUCCUCAAAGUGGCCAGAGCUCCUCUUCUAUCCUCUCUCCACAUCCUGUCCUGUACAGAUUUGUAUCCAUUUUGCCUAAUUCUCAGGCCACUUUUUUUUUAAUCCUGAUAUUUUUCUUUAACUAUUUUUAAAAUUUUUAAAAAAAUUUCUUCACCCUUUUUUUUUUUUUUUUGGAGGUUGGUCCCUUAUCCUCUCUCAUUCCGGUGUACAACCCUGAACUGUACAAGAUCUCUCUGAUUUGAGUCUCCCAACGGUUUUUGGCAGGAGAAAAAGUGCUUAGAAGAAUUUCCCACCACAAUGAAAGUUCAGCUGCUGCUCCUCCUGGCCCUGGCCGGCCCUCUCUGCUCCUUCACACGUGCAAGUCCUACGACAGUCACCUCAUUCUCCUCUUUGGUAACAGAAGAAGCAGAAACAACAAUAAUCACCGGUCCUUCUCCCACCAACCCACAAGUUGCCCCUCAAGAUGCAGCGCUCAGUACUGCUGAACCGGUGGCUGCAACUGAGGCCGACACUGACGUCCCUACUACAGGAUCAAAUCAGAUCCUCGAUACAACUACUGUGGGAGUAACCGAAGCUCCCACCAUGCACACUUCAGCCUUCGCUGAGACGGCCUCGCCUCCUCCCGAGACCACUGCAGCUCCCGGUUUCCAAACCACAGCUUCUGAAGAGGCCAGUAGCCCCUUCAAUGACGAGACCGAAGCACCGAUUGAUCCGACCUCGAGUGCGGACGAAGUUACGGGGACCGACAGUGGCGACGUAACGGUGGAAACUGAAGAGGGCCUGAGCACCGGACAAAUAGUGGGAAUUGUGAUUGGCGCCAUCGUGGCCGUGGUAAUUGUCAUUGCUGUGGUGAUCGCAGUGUUGAGGAGGAUGGGCAAAUACUCGUCUACCAAGAGCAGAAAACCUGCAAAAAAAGACAGCGUUGUUGUCUCUCCCUUGAAGAAAAAGUCAACCAAGCAGCAGGAGCGCGGAAAGUUCUGGAAAUCCUAAACUACUGAACUGUGACUUUUGAGUUUGAUAAUUAAAACGAGCACAAUGCCAGAACUAAACUAAUCUAACCUGGACUUGAAGUGAUGCCAAACCAAGGGGUGCAGCGAGGGUCGAGUGUUUUGUUGUUGUGUGUAUAUACAGUGUGUACUGUAACGUGUGUGAGACAAGAGGGGGUGCACAAGUCAACAUCUUCGUUUUCCCCUGCUUACCUCCCUGGAAAAAAACUCUCUCUUCCCUCGUGUUCCUGAAGCGAACGAGAAAAAAAAACAAUGGGACAGCAAAUUCUUUUGUUGUGCUUUUUAAAUGCAUUUUGUUGAUUGAGUAAACAAACAAUUAUCUGACACCAGGAAGAAGGCAUUGCUCUCCUCCAUUAAAGGGAAGUAGCUAAGCAAAAUUACUGUUGAACUUUGAGAAAUCAACGUAAUGGAGAAAUGUAUUAAAUACAAAAAGGGGGACGGGAGGGUAGGAAAUAGAAAAUACUGUUGCAAAUCCACAGGAUGUAUGUAAAUAUAUUGAAUUCAGUGGCGCUACAUAGGAUAGAGCGAGCAACUUUCUCAUUCUCUUGCAGUUGCAUAGGCUAGAAUUUGACAAUAUUCAGUAUACAGUAUGAACAGGCAGUCAUAGGAUGGUGUUGUACAGUGCCUCAAAAAUAUUAUGCCCCAUUAUAGUUUUUUUUUUUUUUUUAUUGCACUUAAAUGUUGCAAUAAAUGGCAGUUAGUCGCUGCUAGAAAAAUUUUGUUGUAGGAUUGUUUUAGUUUAGCCCUGUUGGAGGGUUGCUUUAGCAUAAGCAGGCUGUCUAUGGUCAUUCCACUGCACAUAAAUUGGUUUUAAAUCUAGACUUUGACAAUGCCACUCCAAAGCCUUUCUGUUUUUACUAGGCAUUGAAAGGCAGACUUGCUCAAAUGCUUUCUUCAACCAGGCUGCUUGAGUUCAGUUACGGCCAGUCAUCCAGGUUCUGAAGUAGCCAGACCACCCCACUUCCACCACCAAGUUUAACUUCCAGUAUAUCGUUUUCUUGUUUGUUUUUUCUGAAUUGCUAUGCUAGUUUAUUACCAGAUAUGAGAGGACACAUACAAUCAAAGAACGUUUGGGGUCAGCAGUCCACAAAAUAUUUUAGCCAAAAUUUUGGGUAUCUUGGAAAUGGUUUUUGGGGGAGGAAUCUCAAACAGGCUCUUUUGUUCAUUUUGCUCAGCAGUGGUUUUUACUAUUAAACACACUUUUGCCCACUUUCUUUACUAUCGCUGAAUCAUGAACUCAGACCUUAACUGAGGCAAGUGAGGUCUGCAGUGCUUUGGAUGUUAUUCUGUGUUCUUUUGUGCCAUCCUGGAUGGAGUCACUGAUGCCCUCUUGGAGUAAUUUUAGUAGGGAAGCCACUCCUGGAGAGGUUCGCCACUGUGUCAUGUUUCUUGCUUUUUAGCCUACUAUAUGUUGUCAGGCAGGUUUUAUUUAAACAAUUUAUUGAUACUAUAUCCCUGGUUGUAUUCAGACCUGGAUGUGGCUUGAAAAAUUAAACUGUUUUCAAAAGAACACACAUAAGUUGUGAUUUACCAGGGUUAGUGAUCAUGUUUUUGCGUACAUAGGACUGGGUUGGUUUGGAUAGUUUAUUUCCCCUCAAUAAACACAAAAAAUGAUCAUAAGACAACUGAUCUUUGGAAAUUACUCACUUUAUGUCAGUCUGCUAUAAUUUUUUUUUUAAAAAACAUCAAACAUUUGAAUGUGACAAAACCAGCAAGAACAGAAGAAACCUGUAAUGGGGCAAAUACUUUUCCACAGCACUGUAGUGAAGUAGUUCUAGAGCACAAGUUAGAGCAGUUCCCCACGCGGCCAAAAUACCCGACAUCUCGGGCCAAUUGCACAAAGCACAGCGUGCAGACCUAGUCCAGACCAUGGGCGUCCUCUUUCAGGACGAGCGCAGCAGAAACAGCAGCCCUCGUUUGCAGGAGCACCGUGACAUUCUGCCCACUUUAACACUGACACAUUAAAACCUGAUACACAUCUGUGAAAUUUAGCAGAAGGGUUUGUGCCACUGUUUCUGGUAUUCUCUCGCUAGCGCAGAGUAUUUCAAAGUUUUGAAGUGUGCCUUGAAGUGUGUGUCUUGAAUGGACUUCUUCAGCUGGCCCCUGCUCUACUUCGGGUCUCCGUGCUGCCGUAGGUUGCUAGACGUGAUAAAAGUAUCAGCUUAACAGCGUAUUCUUCUGUUUAUGUUACCAGAACAGCCGUCCAGUUGUUAACUGCAUAUUACACACAGGAUAACAUUUCAUAGCUGCACUUAGCUUUAGUGCUCAGUGUUAUGCAGGCUUUUUUCUAUUUUUGAUGUUUUGUUCCAACUGUAACUGUGCUAACUGGGUGUAUAAAUACUCUUAUCUUACCCUGCCUGUUUUUAAAACUUGUUUAAUAUGUGCACUGAACGAGGAGGAAUGUUUGAUGAUUUAGACGUUAGACACUGCAAAUGUUUGCAAUGAUCCAUUUCUUUUGCUUUGCCAUGAUGUCGUCCAUUUGUGCCAUGUGUUUCAUGCAAACCUCUUAUUUAAUUGCAGCGUUUUUGUUCAUACAGUUUCAAUAAAAUGGGAAACAUUUCACAAAAAA